AUGGAUGUUAAACAUGGUGACUAUGUAAAGAUGCUGGGCAAAAAUAGGACGAAAUAUCAGGAUCCAAAGGAUUUUCAAGGUAAAUUUAGAUUGUUUAUGAUAAACAAUAGUGUUUUACCUUAUCUGAUUCUUCACUACUACAUAUACACUACUCUAUCCCAUUGCCGUGCUUUGCCAUGUCUUGUCGUGCCGUGCCCUGUCUUGCCUUGCGUUGCCUUGCCUUGCUUCGUCUUGCCUUGCCAUCUAUUUUUACCUAUUCUAUCAUACUCAACUCAAGCAACCAUAAAACUUUUAAAAAAUGUCAUUUCAGACCUGCCAAUGGACUGCAAAUUAAUAAAAUCUCGAAACUUCUUCUCACCAGUACCUACAACUUCACUAGAAGCCAAUUAUCCUCUAGCAUUUGUCCGAACCGUCUACACCGACUAUCGAUACAUUGAACUAAUGUUGGCUGCUGGAUAUCAACCACAGAAUUAUUAUUGUUAUGCAAUUGACCAGAAAUCGUCGGAUAUGUUCAAGAUGCGAAUUCAGGCUAUGGCAAAUUGUUUUCCGAAUGUUUUCGUACUGAAUAGGACGAGGAAGUUGGACAGUUGGGGGCAUAAUCAGGAUUGGGCUCAUUUGGAUUGUAUCAAAAUGUUGAGGGAGAAGGGAAGGAAGUGGAAAUACGUUCAGAUUCUACAGGUAAAAUGGGGUUUAGUUAUCUAAACUUGUAGUUUUAUGCUUGAAUUUUGUUUUUUAUGCUUAACAUUUGGGGUAGGAUAGAGUAGGGUAAGGUAGGGCCGGGUAGGGUAGAAUAGAGUAGGGUACAUUAGGGUAUGGUAAGACACAGUAGGGUAAGUCAAGCUUAAAAACAAGCCUAAGCUUCAACCUUUAAAGCGCAAAACUUGGUUUUUAUACCUAAAAUACGAUAUUAGGCAUUAAAAUGAUUUUUUUUCGAAAUGAAAACAUUUUUCAGAAUCACGAAUUCCCUUUAAAAACAAACUUUGAAAUGGUUCAGAUCUAUAAAUGGAUGAAAGGUGCCAAUGAUAUAGAAUCAGUAAAAGAGCCAGGUCGAGUGAAUUACAAGCUCAACUGGACUUACCCUAACUUAGGAAUUUUUAAAAAUGGUAAGCUGUCCUUACCUUCACCCUUACCCUACCCUCUGGCCCUUCCUUUUAUUAUACGUACUGUUUUCUUAAUCCGACUCUUAUUGUAGUUCUUACCAUAGCUAUACCUUCUCCCACCUAUGUUAUUCUUACUCCUACUCCUACAUCUUUCUUAUCCUACCCUACCGUACCAUACUCUUACCCCUAAUUCCACUUUUAAUUAUUUUUCUUCUAAUUGCACUUAUUGUAGCGCUACUCCUAUUUCGACUUUAACUUUCUGAUCUAGCGUACUUUAUCCAGCUUUACCUAUUGUAUUCUUACUCUUUACUGUACUUUUAUUUCAUUUUUAUUUUAACCAACGUAUUUUAUUCUAUUUUGACCUACUCUUUCCUUACAUUGGCUGACUUUUAUUUAUCAUUUUUCAAACGUGUACUAGACUAUUCUUGUAUGUACUGUAUCAACAUUAGUGAGGUACAAUGUUAUUACAAUGGUCUCUCUAUAUAUUGAACCAUCUGUAUAAGAAACUCACUUUAUAGUAAACAAUAAAUUUGGCCCACCGAGUCAAUUUGCACUGAAAUGUCUCUCUGUAAAGACAGCACCCCCUAUUGUAAACAAAAAAUGUCGGUCCCUUCGGGUUGCUUAUAUAGAGAGAGUACUUUAUAAUGAAAACCAUAUUUUCAGAAUCUCGCCUUCAUCAACUUAAUAACUACACAAAGAUCCGCAUGACAUUUGCGAAAGGUGCCAAUGGAGCCUCACUAUCUCGCGAAGCCAUUGACUAUAUCUUCACCGAACUCAACAUUACCAAGCUCGUAUCUAUGAUCGACGAUGGCAAAAGUUUUGCCGUGGACGAAGUGCUAAUACCAUCCUUAAUAUCCAAUGAAGACCUAGGUAUCCCAGGUCAUUUCACUCAAAAAUGUCAUGGUAAAAGUGAUUCACAGACGUUGACUCGAAUGUCAAGUUGGAAGUAUGUUGGUACGAAAUGUGGCAGUAAACACUUUCGCCACUCUUUAUGUAUAUAUGGAGUGGAAGAUAUAGCGACCAAUUUGGGUAACAGCGUGUUUAUAAAUGGCAAUAAGAUGUUGAACAGUUUUGAUUUCAAUGCUGUCGUAUGUUGGAUGGAGGUAUUGUAUAAUAGGACUUUUGUUAAUCCACCUACGAUUAAAAGAUUGAAGAAGAAGGAGUAUGACAAUUGGUUGACUGUAAGUUGGUUAUGAUAAUAUUACACAAUUGCGUUAAAAGUGAGUUUAGGCUUAAAAAUGAAUUUUAGGCUAUAAACUUUUGGGUUUAAAAGUAAAACAUUAAGCUUAAAUUGAUAGAUAGGCUUAAAAAGCAAUUUUUAGGCUUAAAAAUAAAUUUUUGAACUUUAAUUUUUAUGAUUUUUCCAUUUCAGGUCAGAUACCAAGACUACAAACUCAAAACUUUCAAUUCCAGCGUAAUCACCAAACAGCAAUCGAAGAAUUUUACGUGUAAAAUUAAAUAA